AUGCUAUUCGAUCAGCCUCCAUUCUAUACCCAGGCCUUCAAUUUUGGAAACCUCUUGGAGAAAGGAGUGGAUCCGCGCACUGGUCAGUUCACAUGCGCAAUCGACAUCUGGGACGCGCCAACAGAUGCUAGGAACUGCCCCCCCUUCAAGUUGAGCCUGGUGUUUGAUCCAUUGAACUCAUUGGACCUUGGACUAGGAAAGGGGUGGUCGUUCAACCUUAGCUACUAUGACUGGAGAAAUGGCAUCCUCCAUCUCUCCACUGGCGAGCGGUUUCGUGUCAUAGAUGAGGGGGGCGAUCUGUUACUUCCCGACCAGAAACUUCAGACCUUCAAAGUGAAAAAACAUGGGUCUGACUACCAUGUGAUCCACAAGUCAGGACAGAUCGAAGUUCUGGAAGAUAACAGCAAGUGUGGCAGAUACGUGCCUGGUCUGAUCUACACGGCAAGCGGUCGCUGUAUAGAACUCACAUGGGAAAGCCAUGAAGGGUAUCCCCGACUUCUUGUAAUUCGCGAGAGUUCUCAGAUGCAGGUUGCAAUUGAUUAUGGAAUCAAUCCUCGGCGGAUUCUGCGAGCGGCGGAUAAUUCGGAGCAAUGCGAGCUCAGCCUCUACAUAGAACAUGACAUGCUCACGAGGCUUGUGUUGCCUCUUCCUCAGGCGCCAUCCUGGACAUUCAGAUACCACAUCGGUAACCCGUUCAUUGGUCUUUCGUAUGUUACCAGCCCUUCGGGUCUUCAGGAGGAGAUUGGCUAUGAUGAUAGAGGUCAUAUACUUCCACCAUCCAGCCAGGAGUGUUACUCCCUUCCAUAUGUUACAUCCCAUGUCAUGAAACCCGGCAAUGGUCAACCCGAAAUCAAAACCGCAUACUGCUAUUCUGAACAGAACUUCCUUGGGCUCGGCGAUGUCUACUGGCUGCAACACGACAAAGACAAUCUAUACCAGGCACAUAACGAUUACGAGUAUUGGACAAUGGCUGAGAUUGAAGGCGGCUCCAGAACAACCUAUACCUAUAAUCGGUUUCAUCUCCUCGUGAAAUCUGUGGAAGAAAAUGGGGAUUGCACCACAACCCAGAGAACUAGAUACCCAUUUUCUGAUUCUGUCCUAUUCGAAGAUCAGCUUGCCUACUUCCAGAUGCCAGAAUCGAUCACGAAGACAUACAAUGAUGGAAGAACACGAUCCUCUCGGUCUGAGACCACUCGAUUCGAGUUUGACGAAUGGGGCAAUCCAACCAAGGAUAUUGGACCCGACAACGUGGUGGUGAGCCGAACCUACUAUGCUACUGCCGGUGAGAGUGCCGCCGAAUCCAGCGAGCUAGGAUGUCCGGCAGAUCCGCAUGGAUUCAAGCGCUAUCUGAAAACACAAACCGUGAUACCCCCAGACACUGGAUUUCCGGCACCGAUCCGAACUGAGAGCUACAAGUAUUGUCAAAUCCAAACGGCUGCGGGUGCAGUAACAUCUUAUUAUGUGGCCGCCGAGCAGCAUAUAGGUUACGAAAAUAGCGAUGUCGUCAAGAGGAACAGAUUCAAGUAUGUGGAUGAGCCCAUAAGUAGCGAUCAUGGACGUCUCCUGCAACACGUGAGCCGACAUUUGGACCAAAGUGUUACCACGAAAGACUGGAGCUACGAGUUAAGGCGGGACGAUCGACUGGCUGUGUCAACCAGGGUAACCAGUUUUGACGGUCAUGUCGUCGAUGACCAUGUUGUUUAUUCGACGGUGCAUGGGCUAGCCACGACCCAUAGAGACCAUGCCGGUGUGGAGGACCACUUUGAAUACAACCUACUAGGUCAAAUCGUCAAGACCACGAGCAACCCUGGAACGGGAUACGAGACAGUACGAAGGCAUGAAUACACCUUGCUCGAGGGGACAGCCGGCACUCAAACCACGGUGACAGACGCCAAGGGGGUGAAAACACGUACUAUCACUGACGGUCUAGAAAGACUCUGUCGUGUCGAGAGACAAAGCCACGAACAUGUUGAAAGCCAGGAGUCCGAGAAUUUCUACCCCCUCAUGACACAUGACUACAAUGCGCAAGGGCAAUGUGUUCAAACGACCCAAUUUGACUGGCUUACAACAGAUGACGGGCAGCUGCAAAAACAAGAGACCACUCAACAAUUGGAGUAUGAUGACUGGGGCCAGGUUUCCAAAGUCAUUGGAGCCGAUGGAUUGAUCACAAUAUCAAGCUCGGAUCCAAUCAACCUCACCGAGACCAAGGGCAUUCAAGGCGAGGGAACGACAAAGACUUAUUUCAAUGUUACCGGUGCUCCUAUUCGGACUGUCUUUCAUCAGGCAAAUAACCAACUAUACUCUGAGAAAAUACAUUACUACGAUGGAUUGAAUCGUCUCGUCGAAGAAAAAGAUCCACUCGGUCGAGUCACAAAGUACCAGCCCGAUAGUUUUGACCGCAUCAUUCAAACGACCUGGCCAGAUGCUAGAGCAACUACGAUCGCGUAUGCAGAGCAUAGCGAGGCACCGCUGCCAGCAAGGGUCAGUCUCAAUGGUUCCACGGUGGGGGAACAGUCGUUCGACGGGCUGGGGCGCGUUAGGCUGCGGAAGGCUGGCGGCCAGCGCACUAUCAGCCACAGUUAUCAAAGCAAUGCGCCUGAACCAAUGGGAACUAUAUGCAGCAGGGGACAUGAAUCCCAACUAGAUUAUGAUCCUAUGUUGCAGUUCGCACUCAAGAGUCACAGUAGGAGUGACGGCAUAGAUACCUUCGAUUACGACCCGCAAACUGGCCUGCCGGUGCAACUCAGGGGAGCCGAUAGUACACACACACGCCAUUACACCCCCUCAUCGUUGCUAAAAGGGGAGACAGUUCAUAUCCAUGACGAAAAGACAUUUUCCACAGAAUAUCAGUACUCUCUCGCGGGUAAACUGCAACAAUAUGUCAAUCAUCAUCAGCAAAAGCAGAACAUACAGUAUGAUGAUCAUGGCAGAACUGCCUCUUUGACACAGGGGAACAUCAAAGUCUCAAUCACAUACGACAUGUCAAGUCGGCCCACGGUCUACAGUGUGGAGGAUAAGGAGAAGCAGGUAGAACUAACAUCAAUUCUGCACUACGAUGACUUUGGUCGCGAGAUUCAGCGGAUAGUCAAGAAGAGGCAAGAGAUUUUAUAUAUCUUGAGCCAGACUUACACUCAAACCAGUCAUAUCUCCGCACGGACUUUGACAGACGGGGAACACGCGGUUCUACGAGAAGAGCAUUUUAUAUACGACAAUCGGAACCGCCUUAAACAAUAUAGAUGCGAGGGAAGCCAAGCACCUUUUGAUCAGCAAGAAAAGCAGCUGAAAGAACAAGUCUUUGAAUUUGAUGAUUAUGAUAAUAUCAGAGAAACAGCGACUCUUUUCAGUGAUCAUGAUACAAACAUAACGACUUACACAUAUGCUCAGCAUGAUCCCACCCAGUUGAUUCGAAUCUCUAAUACAAACAACCACUACCCUGCAAAUAUUGACCUUGAGUAUGAUGCCAAUGGCUGUUUGACCAAAGACGAGCAGGGUCGUAGCCUGGAAUACGAUAGCCUGAGUCGACUGGUUCUAAUACGGGAUGUCAACGGCGCGCAACUUUGCAAAUAUCAAUAUGAUGCGUCCGGGAAGCUGGCAUGCCAACGCGUGACAGACGGGCCGAACAUCUUUCUCUUCUACCGGGGGGACUCAUUGAUUGCUACGAAAAUAGACGAUGAUUGCAUCAGCUAUGUGUCAGACGGGACAACAUAUUGGGGCCAAAUCAAGCAAGAUGGGUCUGGCAGUCCGCAGAAUGAGCUCUGGGUAUCCGACAGUCAUAAUUCCAUCCUGACUCUACUAGACAGCCAGUCAGAGCAGCUCCAUCAUCAGUCAUACACCCCAUAUGGCUUCGGUGGAGAGUCCGAGGUCGCGUUCAAUGGACAUUGGCGGGACCCAGUCACCGGGUGGUAUCACCUGGGAGACGGCUAUCGCGUUUAUAAUCCUGUUUUGAAACGCUUCCACGUCCCAGACUCGUGGAGCCCCUUUGUCUCGGGAGAGAUCAACCCGUAUACCUACUGUCUCGGAGACCCCAUCAACCGCAUAGACCCCAGCGGUCACUUCAGCAUUUGGGGAGUAAACUAUAGCUGGAAAAAUGCUAUAACCCUGGGACUUGGUGUCGUGACGAGUGUUGGGCUUGGAAUCGCAACAUGUGGCGCGAGCUUAGUCGUUCAGUGCGCGGCAGGUGCAGCUGUUGGGGCUGCUGUCGGGAUGCUUGGAGGAGCUCUUGGGGACUUGGCAGACAACAACGAGAUAACACUGAACAGCGUUAUGAAAGAUGGCUUGUGGGGGGGAGCAGCCGGCUCUCUUGGCCCUGUAGCAGGCAGGGUUUUUGGCGGUGUUUGGCGAUAUGGCAAGGAGUGCAUGGGAAGAGCGGGAUCGUACACCAUCAACAAUGUUGCAGCUUAUGGCUUGACAAAUAUUGCAAAAGAAAAGGUCCAGGGCGCCAUCAUCGGGGCCGUUGCAUCGCAAGGCCUUUCUUUCUCUGCGAAAGCCGUUAAAGAGAAUUGUUUCUAG